AUGUGGAUUGGAAAGCUUUCAUGUUUUGUCCAAUUAAUGUUUAUUCUUUCUCUGUUUCAAGUACCCGCUUUUGCAAUAAAAAAGUCUUACGUAGUGUACCUGGGAUCGCAUGCACAUGGUCCACAAGUCUCAGAAGCUGAUCUUCAUCGUGUGACUGAUUCCCAUUCUGAAUUCCUCGGAUCAUUCCUGGGAAGUACCCAGAAAGCCAAAGAAGCAAUUAUUUACUCAUACAAAAGGCAUAUCAAUGGUUUUGCUGCCAUCCUUGAAGAUGAAGAGGCAGCUGAAAUCGCAAAGCAUCCAAAAGUUGUCUCAGUUUUUUUAAACCAAGGAAGACAAUUACACACUACUCAUUCAUGGGACUUUAUGUUACUGGAAAAGGAUGGAGUGAUCCACCCCACUUCCUUAUGGAAAAGGGCCAGAUUUGGUGAAGAUACAAUCAUAGGGAAUCUUGACACCGGUGUUUGGGCCGAAUCAGAGAGUUUUAGUGACGAAGGGAUUGGACCCAUUCCAGCAAAGUGGAAAGGAAUCUGCCAGAAUGACACCACCGGUUUUCCUUGCAACAGGAAGCUCAUCGGUGCAAGGUACUUCAACAAAGGAUAUGCUUCGUAUGCAGGGGCGCCAUUGAGGUCCUCGUUUAACAGUGCGCGAGACCAUGAAGGUCAUGGUUCUCACACUCUAUCCACAGCAGCUGGAAACUUCGUAGCUGGAGCCAAUGUGUUCGGCUUGGGGAAUGGGACUGCCAAAGGUGGUUCCCCCAAAGCCCGAGUUGCUGCAUAUAAAGUGUGUUGGCCACCAAUCAACGGCAGUGAAUGCUUUGAUGCUGAUAUCAUGGCAGCCUUUGAUGCAGCCAUACAUGAUGGGGUUGAUGUGCUUUCAGUCUCACUUGGUGGGGACCCUUCCAAUUACUUGGAUGAUGGCCUUUCCAUUGGGGCAUUCCAUGCUGUCAAGAAUGGUAUCGUUGUGGUAUGCUCUGCAGGAAAUUCUGGUCCUGCCGCUGGAACUGUCUCAAAUGUUGCACCCUGGAUGAUAACCGUGGGAGCAAGUACCUUGGACAGAGAGUUUCAAGCUAUUGUUCAACUCCGAAAUGGGCUGCGUCUCAAGGGAACGAGCCUUUCUAAGCCUUUACCGGAAGACAGAUUUUAUCCACUUAUAACUGGUGCACAAGCUAAAGCAGCUAAUGCUUCUGCCCAUGAUGCCAUGCUUUGUAUAGGAGGAACACUAGACCCACAGAAGGUGAAGGGUAAGAUUUUGGCCUGUCUUAGGGGUGAUACUGCAAGAAUAGACAAGGGUGAACAAGCAGCUCUUGCCGGAGCAGUUGGGAUGAUUCUUUGUAAUGAUAAGGCCAGUGGUAAUGAAAUCAUUGCGGAUCCUCACGUACUCCCAGCCUCGCAAAUUAAUUAUACGGAUGGCAUUGCUGUAGUUUCCUACAUUAAUUCCACAAUUGAUCCACAGGGAUUUAUAACGCCCCCAACAGCACAGCUGAACGCAAAACCUGCUCCAUUCAUGGCAUCCUUCUCCUCUCAAGGACCCAACACUAUCACUCCUGAGAUCCUUAAGCCUGAUAUCACUGCUCCUGGUGUAAAUAUCAUAGCUGCCUAUACCCAAGCAACCAGCCCUACCAAUGAAAGCUUUGAUAAGCGCAGGAUUGCGUUUAACACUGAAUCUGGUACCUCUAUGUCGUGCCCUCAUGUUUCUGGAGUUGUAGGCCUUCUGAAGACACUCUACCCUGACUGGAGUCCAUCUGCAAUUAGAUCUGCAAUCAUGACAACUGCAAGAACGAGAGACAACACUGCAAAUCCAAUGAAGAAUGCUUCAUUUAUUGAGGCAACGCCAUUCAGUUAUGGUGCGGGUCAUAUACGACCAAAUCGCGCCAUGGAUCCUGGCUUGAUCUAUGACCUAACUGUCAAUGAUUACUUGGACUUUCUUUGUGCCAUUGGCUAUAACAAGACAAUGAUGCAACUCUUUUCUGAAUCUCCUAAUUACAAAUGCCCCAAGUCAGCCAGUCUUCUGGACUUCAAUUACCCUUCAAUAGUGGUCCCUGAAUUGUCUGGCUCAGUCACUGUGACUAGAAGGGUGAAGAAUGUUGGUUCUCCUGGUACCUAUGCCGUUCGUGCUCACAAACCACUUGGAGUUUCAGUUACAGUUGAGCCUAAUAUCUUGAAGUUUAAAAAUAUUGGUGAAGAAAAGAGCUUUAAGGUGACCCUCAAAGCUAAGGGACUUGGUGUAACUAAGGACUAUGUAUUUGGAGGCCUUAUCUGGUCGGAUGGCAAGCAUUACGUAAGGAGUCCAAUUGUAGUUUCCUCAGCUGCUGCUGCUGCUGUUUAG